AUAAAAAAAUAUUUGAGUAUAAUAAUAUUUACUAAAUAAAUAAUAUUUAUUUUUUAUUGUAAAUUGAAACAAAUAUGUUCUCACGCUUUUAUUGGUAGUUGUAUAUUUGUGUGUGAAUACUUGAUGCUGUUGAAUAAAGUGUAUACAUAAUUGGGUAUAAAUAAUAUAUACAUAAAUUCCAUUGUGGAGAUGAACGCCCAGGGACAACAUCAUGUACAAGAACAUGGACAUGCUGUGGUUGUAUGGGAAUGGGAAAAUCGUCAAGGUAGAUGGAGACCAUAUAAUCCAGCAGUAUCACAACAUCUUGAAAGAGCACAUUUUAAAAAAUUAACACAAGUUUUUUUAAAUGAUGCUGAUCCAACACUUGAUCAAUAUUAUAUUAAUUUAAAAACAAAAACACAAUGUAGUGAUGAUGGAGAAGAAAUACACAAUGUUAGGGAAGAAGAAUAUGAUUGGCAUACUUAUGAUAUGGAUGUACAAUGUCUUAUUGAAGAAUCAUGGGCAAUGGGUAAUAAAACAAUUGAUGUAUCAAAAACAUAUCUUGGUUUUCCAUAUAUUAUAAAUUUUUGUAAUUUAACACAAGUUAGAUGUUGUUCUGGAUAUGUUAGACCAAUUCGUCGUGUACAACAAGCUCCAUAUCCACUAGUCAAAGUAACACUUGAAGAAUUACAAUAUGCAACUGGUAAAAAACCAUUACCACAAUUACAAGUUAAAAAUUUAAAUAAUAAAUCAACUCAUAAAAAACAACCAUGUGGUAGUAGUAAAAAAAAUAGUAAAAAAAAUAAAAGUAGUGAUAAUGGAGCAACAAAUAUUGCACGUGUUAUACUGAGUAAUUUUAAUAUUUUUAGUACAAGUAAUAAACACAGUAUAGAUAAUAAUAAUUCAACAACAACAACAACAGCUCCAUCAACACAAUCAUCACAACAAACAACAACAGCAGCAGGAACAACAACAACAACAAGAUCACAAAUUGAUCAACAUGCAACAUCAAAACAACAAAAAAAUUGGGAAAGUUUACUUGAUGUUGAUUCUAGUAGUACAAAAUCUGGACGUCGACCAAGUGUUGAUACAGUAUCAACAUAUCUUAGUCAUGAAAAUCCAAUUGAUUUACUUGAUAGUAGUGUUGGUAGUGAUGAUGCAUUUAAAGAUGCUGUUGGUGUUGAUGUACAUUCAGAUGUUAUAUCACAAUAUGUUAAAGUUGUAGAAAGUGAUGGUACAGAUUCAUGUCCAGUUUGUCUUGGUACACCAGAACCAUUAACUGUUGAAUUAACACGUUGUCGUCAUAGAUUACAUCUUGCAUGUUUAAAUGCAAUGUUGAGUUCAAAUUGUGUUGCAAAUUCAAUGUAUAUACAGUGUCCAGUAUGUCGUAUGAUUUAUGGAGAAAAAAGAGGUAAUCAACCACCUGGAAGUAUGAAUUGGACUCGUAUAUCAAGAUCAUUACCAGGCUUUCCACAUUCACACACAAUUCAAAUAACAUAUGAUAUACCAUCAGGUAUUCAAGGACCAGAACAUCCAAAUCCAGGACAAACAUAUUAUGCUGUUGGUUUUCCAAGAAUAUGUUAUUUACCUGAUAAUGAUUUAGGACGUCAAGUAUUAAGAUUAUUACAAAUUGCAUUUGAAAGACGUUUAACAUUUACAAUUGGUCGUUCAGUUACAACUGGACGUGAAGAUGUUGUUACAUGGAAUGAAAUACAUCAUAAAACUGAACUUGGACAUUCAACAUCUGGUCAUGGUUGGCCAGAUAUUAGUUAUCUUGAUCGUACAUUAUCUGAACUUGCUGCACAAGGUAUUACUGAACAAUCAGCAGGCAUGUCACUAUAUCAAGAAUUACGUUAAUUUAAAUACACAAUACAUUAACAAACAACAUGGGCAUAGCAAAAAUAUAAUUUUAUAUUUAUAAUCUUCCAUUAG